AUGAAUGCCUCGCAUCUCGACCACAUUAAAACUAUCCUCAGCCCUUCCGAACUUGUCGACCCGUCAUCCGACCAAUACAAAUCCGAGUCGCAGACAUGGCAAGCACAUCGCAACCUUCACCCAAAAAUCCUCGCUAGACCAAAAUCAAUCAAGGCUCUUGCUGCUCUGAUUGCUUUCCUCGCUACCUCGGACCUAGAUUGGGCGGUCCGGUGUCAGGGAAUUGGCGAUGCGAGUGCAAAGGAUGUGCUUAUUAGUCUCAUGGCUUUCAAGGAGUUUGCAUUUGAUGCUCAGAACGAGAGUAUUGUGAUUGGUGCGGGGCAAACUUGGGGAGAGGUGGAGAAGAAGUUGGAAGAGGAAGCGCCUGGGUAUCAAGCUCUGAGUGCACGAUGCAGUUUUGUCGGUGUAAGCGGUAUGAUCCUGCACGGUGGUCUCUCUUGGAUCUCAUCUACUUAUGGUCUGGCCUCCGACCCUCAAAACUUCGUCGACGCUCAAGUUGUGAAGCUAGAUGGUAGUAUCAUCUGGGCAUCACAAGAGCCAGAUCUUCUUUUGGCUCUUCGCGGUGGCGGUCACGGAUUUGCCAUCGUCACGGCCUUUAGGUUGAAAGUGUACAAAUACUCACAAAACAUCUACAGUGGAAGUAUAAAGUUCCCGCGGUCUGCGUUGCAGGAAGUUGCAAGAGAGGUGGAGGGGUUUGCGAGGAGGAUGGAGGAAUGGCCUGGUACGGCAAUGUAUCUCUAUAACACUGACUUGAUGGAAGGGUCUUUCAUUGGUGCUGCUGCUCAACCUGGUAUUGCAAUCUGGUUGUUCGAUCCCGAAGGCGAGGGACAUGGAAGAAGGAUAUUCGACUGGGCUUUGAAGAUCGAAGGAGCUGUGGACGAAACCAAAACUAUGAACUUGAGACAUGUAAAUAUCCAUGGUGACAGCGUACUUGCAGCCAAAGGAGUUUGCUCAGCAAACAUGUCCAACAUCACCAUCCCUUCCGCCGCCAUGACAGAGCAACUCAUCCUCCGCGCCUGGGAUUGGCUUGACAACACAAUCGCCCUCGACCCCAGGAGACUCCACACUGGCACUUUUGUCCUGCUCGAGCUGUUCCAGAAACAAGUCUUUAGAUCCGCCAACGAGAAUGGUCAGUGUGCUUGGCCACACACAAGCAACCAGCAUCUUCUGCAAUUGGGUGUGGGAAGACUUGAUGAAGGUGAUUAUCCCACGAAAUUGGACAAGGAUGCCCUUGAUAUGCUCAAGAAUGCCGGAAAGUUGAUUGUGGGUGAUGAGUUUCCGCCUGCAGACUAUUUUAUCAACUUUUUGCAGCCAUGGAAUGAUCGUAGAGCGGUCUUUGGCGAGAACUAUGACAAAUUACAAGCCAUCAGAAAAAAGUAUGACCCUAGAGGUGUUCUGAUCAGAACGAACGAAUGA